UUAAUUCCAUUCAAAGUCAUGUUCUUCCUCAUACUUGCCCUGCUUCACUCUUCCUCAGUUUUUGCUUCUUCAUCCUCCAUUGCUGCACUUACAAGAGGUAAAGAAGCGGAAGCUCUUCUAAAAUGGAAAGCUAGCCUUGACAACGACACCCGAACUUUGCUCUCUUCUUUGUGUGCUGGAGACAGCCAUUGCAGUUGGGUUGGUAUUAGCUGCGACAAGGCUGAAAGCAUCACCAAUCUAAGCCUCCCAGAUUAUGGGUUGAAAGGUACACUUCAUAGUCUUAACUUUCUUUUCUUCCCUAACCUGAUGAGGCUUAACCUUCGCAACAACUCACUGUAUGGGCCCAUUCCCUCACACAUUGGGAACCUUUCCAAACUCACCUUCCUUAACUUGUCAUACAAUAACUUUUUGGGGAAUAUUCCAUCCGAAAUUUGCUUAUUGAAAGGUCUUGAGUUGAUUUCCUUAGCAAGUAAUGAGAUCAGUGGUUCCAUUCCAUUAGAGAUAGGGAGAAUGAGUUCACUUUCCGAGAUUAUUUCUUAUAACUAUCUACGUGGUUCUAUCCCCGCUUCCAUAGGAAACUUGACCUACUUAUCUGUUCUCCACCUCUAUAGAAAUAUGUUUUCUGGAUCGAUACCUCAAGAAAUAGGGAUGCUUAAAUCUCUCACUGACUUUCAGUUGAGUCAUAAUAAUUUCUCUGGUUCAAUCCCUGCUUUCAUAAGAAACUUGACCAGUUUAUCCAUUCUCUACCCUCACCAUAAUAUGUUUUCUGGGUCAAUACCUCAAGAGAUAGGGAUGCUUAAAUCUCUCACUGACUUUGAGUUGAGUCAUAAUAAUUUCUUUGGUUCAAUCCCUGCUUCCAUAGGAAACUUGACUAGUCUAUCCACUCUCUACCUUGAUCAAAAUAUGUUUUCUGGGUCGAUACCUCAAGAGAUAGGGAUGCUUAAAUCUCUCACUAACUUUGCGUUGAGUCAAAAUAAUUUCUCUGGUUCAAUCCCCGCUUUCAUAGGAAACUUAACCAAAUUGUCUAGACUUUACCUUUUUGAAAAUAAGCUUUCCGGGUCAAUACCUCAAGAGGUAGGGAUGCUUGUACAUCUUACCAUACUUUUUAUAUCUCAGAAUAAUUUGUCUGGCUUCCUUCCUCCAACACUUAGCAAUGUUACUCAUUUGGAAUCAUUACAAUUAUCAGACAACCAUCUUAGUGGUCCAUUACCUGAGAAUGUAUGCCUCGGUGGACAACUCGUAUAUCUUGGGGCUAACAACAAAUUUGACGGUCCGAUCCCAUCAAGUUUAGGAAACUGCAAAAGCUUGAAAAGAGUUAGGCUUGAAGGAAACCAGUUGACAGGAAAUAUAUCAGAAGCUUUUGGUAUAUAUCCUAAUUUGAAUUAUAUUGCAUUAAGCAACAACAAAUUUUAUGGUGAACUUUCGCCAAACUGGGGGCAAUGCCAUAAUCUAACAAGCCUACGAAUCUCCAAUAAUAACAUUUCUGGAAAGAUACCACCUGAGUUGAAACAUGCAACUCAAUUACAGGAAUUGGAUGUCUCUUCAAAUCUUCUCAAUGGUGAGAUUCCCAAGGAAUUGGGAGCAUUGACAUUGAUGUUCAAUCUUUUGCUAAGUGGUAACAAACUUUCAGGCAAAAUUCCACCAGAGAUUGGAUUUCUUUCAAAACUACAGCAUCUUAACUUGGCAUUAAACAAUUUAAGUGGAUCAAUUCCUAAUCAACUUGGAGAGUGCUCAAAGUUAUAGCUGAAUUUGAGCAAGAAUAAACUUGGAGAAAGCAUUCCAUUUCCUGUAAGCUACAUAAAUGGUCUUCAAAAUCUAGAUUUAAGUCAGAAUUUACUUAUUGGGGAGAUACCACAAGAGCUUGCAAAAUUACAUUCCUUGGAAAUAUUAGACCUUUCUCACAAUAUGCUCAAUGGUUCCAUCCCAAAUUCUUUUAAUGAUUUGCAAAGCUUGACGGUUGUGAAUAUCUCUUACAAUCAAUUGGAAGGCCCUAUUCCCAACAUUAAGGCAUUUCAUAUGGCUCCAUUUGAUGCCUUAAGAAACAACAAAGGCCUAUGUGGUAACGCCACUGGAUUAGUGCCUUGUGUUCCUAUCACUAGCAACAAAAAGGAUCAUAGAAAAAGAACCAGACUCAUCAUUUUGAUUGUGAUUCCACUCUUUGGUAUUCUGCUUUUGCUAUUUAUCACGGCUCUAAGUUUCCUUAUUCUUAGCAAAAAGAAUCGAACCAGAAAAUCUGAUGAGUCAAGGGAGGCACAGCAUGGAGAUAUUUUCACCGCAUGGGGAUCUAAUGGAAGAAUAAUCCAUGAAAACAUUAUUGAAGCCCUUGAAAAUUUCAACUCCAAUUAUUGCAUUGGUUCAGGAGGAUAUGGAACUGUUUAUAAAGCUGUGUUACAAACUGGUCAGGUAGUUGCUGUCAAGAAACUUCACCAAUCCGAAGAUAGCAUGCUUAUCAACAUCUUGAAAGCCUUUGAAAGCGAGAUUCGUGCUUUAUCAGAAAUAAGGGAUCGUAACAUUGUGAAGCUGUAUGGAUUUUGUUCACAUCCAAGGCACUCAUUUUUGGUUUAUGAGUUUGUUGAAAGAGGAAGUUUGAGAAUGGUCUUGAGAAACAAUGAAAAUGCAGAGGAGUUGGAUUGGAAGAAGAGGCUAAAUGUUGUUAAGGGAUUGGCCAAUGCUUUGUCUUACAUGCAUCACGACCAUUCACCACCCAUAAUUCAUCGAGACAUUUCCAGCAAUAACGUUCUCUUGGAUUUGGAUUAUGAGGCUCAUGUCUCGGAUUUUGGCAUAGCUAGGCUUUUAAAGCCUGACUCCUCAAAUUGGACCACAUUUGCAGGCACUUUUGGAUACAUAGCUCCAGAGUUGGCUUAUACAAUGAAAAUAGACGAGAAAUUUGACGUUUACAGUUUUGGAGUGCUAACAAUGGAAAUAUUUAUGGGAAAGCAUCCUGGUGAUUUGAUUUCAUGUUUGUCAUCGUCGGCAUCAACGUCGACAUCAGUACCAAAUAACAACCAACAGAUUUUACUUAAAGAUGUGAUAGACCAACGUCUCUCACCACCGGUAAGGCAAGUUGCAGAGGAUGUUGUCUCUACUGCAAAGCUAGCAUUUGCAUGCUUGAAUGGCAACCCCCAACUUCCGCCAACCAUGCAACAGGUUGCUCAAGCCCUUAGCCAUCAAUCACUUCCAUUGCCCAAUCCUUUCUCAAUCAUAAAAUUGGGAGAAGUGUGGGAUCAUGGAGUCUGCAAUGGCUAA